GUUCGAACGAGGCUACACUGAAGAAUGGUGGAGAUUUGAUUUCGGCGUGGGAUACGUGAAAUUGAAGUGUAGCAAAACUAAAAUCUUCUAUCAGCCUAAUAAAAGCAGUCCCCAAUCAAUCGUCGAUAAUCUUACCAACUGCGUAGAGUGAGAAAGCAGAAUGACCGACACUGAGAAAACCACCGAUGUUGCAGAAGUUGAGACCAAGUCCAACGGAGCAGAACCUAGUCAGGUUGGAGCCUCACCUACCAAGCUGACUUACAACUGUAGCACAUGUAAGCAAUUCUGUACAAGCAAGGAGUCUUAUGAGAAACAUGUCACCACUGAUGCUCAUAAGAAGAAAGAAGAAGAGAAAUUAAAAGCAGAUAAGAAAAAAGAGGACGACCUGAAGUUGAAGAACGAGAGACGCCAACAAAAUCGUCGUAACCAUUUGAAGGAUGUGAAGGCUAAAGUCAUCCGCAUGAAUAAAAUGGGGGGCCCUAGUCUUCAAUUCAAGUGCACGAUCUGUGCCUACCAGUGCAAGCUUGUUGCAGAACUGAAGGACCACUUCAUCGGAACGACCCACUUCAUGAAUCAGUUGGAUCAGGCAGGCUACAAGGAAAUUGAUUUUGAAGACAGCUAUGCUGAUGAAAAGAAAGACAAGGAUAAGAUGCCCUUGCUAGGUUUGGGUUACAUUCGUGAGCACAUAAUCCGCGAUCGUUACGUCAAGCCUGCAGAGUCUAAGAAGGAAGAGAAGAAGGAUGAGGUCAAGGCCACAUCUGAAGCCAAAACGGAGGGAGAUGGAGAGAAAGAGGCAGACAGCGAGAAGGAAAAGGAGGAAGAAAAAGGAGAAGCAGAAGGUGAAGAAGAAGAGGUGGUUAAGGAAGAACUGCAAGAGGAAGAAGAAAAGAAGGAAGAAGAAGCAGAAGAGAAGGAGGAAGAAGUGAAAGAAGAGAUGGAGGUGGCAGGUGAAAAAGAUGUUGAGAAGAAAGAAGCAGAUAAAGAUGAAGACUUGGUUCCUGAAGGAAAGGGAGAUCUCCUUGUUCUCUCCUUUCGCUGCUUUCUCUGUCGAUGCAGCGUCCCAAGGAACGAGGUUGUGGCCCACUGUGCCAGCCCAAAGCAUUAUAAGACUUACCUGAAAAAGCAUGAGAAGGUUAAGUUUGAUGCGCUGAAGCUGGACACCAAGGACCAGUCAGAGAAGGCAAUCGAGGAAAGAAAGAAAGCUUACACCACUUUGGCUGAGGAGUUGAUGGCAGAGAAGGGUCUGCAAAAGAUCAAGAGAUCAGAAUCAGUUCUGGUCAAAUCUUCUAUUGGCAUUCGUCAUUCACUUGGAGUACGAGCCCCAUUGGUUGAGAAGGACAUUCAGUUGGAGUUGCAGAAAAAGCUGCGCAUGAUGGCUCCAAGGAUGGGUGGCCCAAUGGGACCCCUCGGCAGGAUGAUGGGACCACCCGGUCGAAUGGGCCCACCUGGUCCUGGAAGGAGGGGUGGACCGAUGAUGGGGGGACCGAGAGGAGGACCGAGAGGAGGACCAAGAGGAGGUAGAAUGGGACCACCUGUAUCUGCACGCAUGGGACGACCUGGGCCUGGAGCUAUGGGCCCUGGAGGACCAGUGAGAGGAAUGUCUGCGCCACCUCGGGCUCAGGAGCGGAUGAUGUUGCUGAACCAAAAGCGAGAAGAAGAAAUGAUGAGGCAGAGUUUAAUUGUGCGAGAAGAGCGCGAACGCUUGAUGAAAGAAGAACGCAUGAUGCAGGAGGAGCGACGAAUACUUGAAGAGAUGAGGCUGCGAGAGGAGCGUAUGAUUCGGGAGAAACGUCUGCUACAGGAGGAGAGGAUGAGACACGAGGAACGCAAACGCGAACUAGAGGUGUUGAAGAUGCGUGAAAAAGUGAUGCUCGAUGAGUACACUACAAGAGGUGGGCAGUUGAGUGGCAUGAGUGGAGGAAGAAGCUCUGGUUUCGACCAGGGGAUGGGAAAUAUGUCAUACGAUGACGGUAUGAGCGCGGGAGGAAGAAUGGGCCGGAUGGGUGGUCAAGGUCAGCGACAAGGUCAAGGACAGAGAGGUCAGGGACAAGCACAGCGUGGAAACCAAGGUCAGGGGCAAGGUCAAGGACAGAGAGGUCAGGGACAAGGACAGCGGGGAAACCAAGUUCAGGGACAAGGACAGCGGGGAAACCAAGGUCAGGGACAAGGACAGCGGGGAAACCAAGGUCAGGGACAAGGACAACGGGGAAACCAAGGUCGCGGAGGGCAAGGACAGCAGGGUGGUCGAGGAGGCCGUGGUGGUCAAGGUGGCCAGCAACAGAGAGGUCAGAAAAGACAGUUUGAGCAGACAAGAGAAGACCCCUACAAUGAUGUCAGGUCCAAGCUGAAAAAGAUGAUUGAUUCAUUGUCUUCAACAGAAUCGAGUAUGGUCCUUGAUAUUGCCAGCUCUGUAUCUGAUGAGCCAAUGCAGGGCGGCAGGAGACAACAGGGUGGAGGAAAGGGUCGUGGAGGCAAGAGAGGGGGCAGGGGUAACCAAGUACAGGCCUCAUCAGAGUCGGGCUAUUCUCGUAACUCUUGGCAAAAUAUGGGUGCAAACACUUCUUCUGAUUUUGGCAUGGGUGGUGCCACUUAUAUGUCAUUCGAUGACCAAGGAUCGUCAAAGCCGUUCAACUCCCGUAGAGACCUCACGCUUGCGGAGCAGAUGGGACUGGGUCAUGAAUCUGGUGCCACUGGGGCAGGAUUCUAUGACAACUAUACGUCGAGCAAUGCAUCAUCACGACAGGCAUCUACAUUGGAUUCGUACACGACAAGUGGAUACUCAAAGUCUGAUUGGUCUUCGAACUCCUACUUCUGAACCAAUCCUUAAGGACUUAAUUCUGUAUUGUUGUUUUGACAUUUGACUGGCAAUUUCAACACUGAUUACAUAUAUGUAUAUGGGAGUUGUCUCUGAAGUCAUGUAAUGGUCUUAAAUCAGUGGAUAGAAUAUCUCCGGAUAGUUUUGGCAGGGGCGUGAGACAAGUCUUGCUUGGAAUUUGGGGAUGUAUUAAAUAAGAACCACCCUUUUAAAGUUAAUUUUUAUCAGCCGCUCGCAUCCCUGAUCAGGAGGAACUUGAAUCAUGAAUCAUUUGAAUUUGAAUAUAAAUAAAUAAGCUUUUAAAGGUGACUUCACAUAUCUACUUGUUCUUGCAUGUAAAUGUAUUCAACACAUAUUAUGGAAGGAAUAAUCGGGGACAGGCGUACAUGUGAGAGAUUGGUAUUAAAUGUUGUUAUUUUGAGCAGGAAAUUUUGUGUUGCGAAGAUUUCGUUGAUGUGGUACAGAUCUUGGAAUUCUUAUGGAAUCUUUUUAAAUAAACAAAGAGUAAAAUGUAUCAGAAUAAUUCGUUUGGCGCCCCUGUGUUCAUUCAUUAAUUGUAUUGGCUGGUUGAUACUUGAGCUAUUGGCUGAUAUGAAUAAAGUCGAGCAAAUGCUUUUACUUCCAUUUUGUACAAAAAGGUGUAGUGUAAAUGUACAUGGAGUUUUAGAUAAAUGCAUUUGCUAGUCUUUAUUCAUAUCACCCAUUGUCUCAAACUAGUCUCCGGUUUUCAUUCUCGGGUGGCUAUUGAGUUACAGUGUAUGUUCUUUGUCACAUUCUUUACAUCACUUGAGUAUGAGCUAGCCCUGUAUGUAGUAAUUUUUAACUCAUGGUGGUAAUGUGAAAUCUUAGUAUGUCACUUAGUGUCUGGUUCGAGACCUGAAAGGCAGGUGAUCCACCCAUUAGAGAAGGAUGUACAUGUAACAAUUUUAAGGCGUUUCUGCACAUCUGUGCGAAAACUUAUGGCAGUUUGUGUAGAGAAUAAAUUGCAUAAACUUGAA